CACCGAGUCACUUGCCCUCACUUCUUCUCACUUUGUACACACCCCCAGCAGGUGCUUUCACUUGAGCUUUAGUUUGCAGUUGUGCUUUAGGCUGUGACUUUCAGUUUCAAAGAGUCCGGGAGGGUCUGAGGCCUCGAGGCUGGGGACUCUGCGACAAUCAUUUGGGGGGGAAACAGAUUGAAGGGUGGAUGCCCACUGCCUGCUGCACCUCUGUCCUCAGGUAGCGUCCCGGCUGAGCUGAGCGUUGGUCUGCAACAAGGACAAAAGGCCAAUCCUUCAUUCUUCAACAGAACCAGAGCUGCACUGCAUCUUUCAUCAUCCAGUCAAGUCUUUGCCUCUGGCCAGGCCAUCAGAGCAUCUCUGCCUCGGUACCAGUUAUGUCAAAUCCAGAGGGCAGUUUAUCGGAAGGCACAGUGUAUGGAUCCCGGAUCGGGAUGACAGAGGACACCUUCGCCCUCCUGGAGCGUAACAGAGUCUCUGCAGAACCCUGGGACCUGGAGGAGACCAAACCAAACGUGGAAGCCCUGGAGCGUGGCGUGCCAGGCCUCUACCUGUCCUGCUUCGACAUGCUCCUCACCGAAGACGCCACUUGGCUGGUGGAAGUUUCAGAGGCCUCGCCAACGCUGGCCAUGUCCCCUGGGCUACAGAGACAGGAGGAGGAGCGGUCUCUGGAGCAGGUGCAGAGCAUGGUGGUGGGAGAGGUGCUGAAGGACAUUGAAACAGCCUGCAAACUGCUCAAUAUCACCCCAGACCCUAUAGAGUGGAACACAGGGAACGUCCAGAAGUGGCUGCUGUGGACUGAACAUCUGUACAGGUUGCCCCACGCAGGGAAGGCCUUCCAGGACCUGACAGGAAAGGACCUGUGUGCCAUGAGCGAGGAGGAGUUUCGCCAGCGCUCGCCGCAGUGUGGAGACACGCUGCAUGCACAUCUGGACAUAUGGAAGUCAGCUGCCUGGAUGAAAGAGAGGUGUUCAGUCGGAGAUACAAAAACUACCGGAGCUGAGGAUCUUUGGUCCGAGGCAGAUUCUUCUUGUUCCGGUCAGCCCAUUCACCUGUGGCAGUUCCUCAGAGAGCUCCUGCUUAAACCUCACAACUAUGGACGCUGCAUUCGCUGGCUCAAUAAAGAAAAAGGUAUUUUUAAAAUUGAAGACUCGGCUCACGUAGCGAGACUGUGGGGACUCAGAAAGAACAGACCUGCUAUGAACUACGACAAGCUGAGCCGCUCCAUACGUCAAUACUACAAGAAGGGCAUCAUCCGCAAGCCUGACGUGUCUCAGAGACUGGUGUACCAGUUUGUCCACCCAGUAUGAGGCGGCAGCUUAGUGGGAGGGGAAGGAAGAGGAGGAGGAAAACUAAAAGGACACACUAUCUCAAGAUGCACUUGAACACCUAAGCCCAAGAUGAGAAGGUGACAGGAAAAAACGUGCACUGACAAACCCCAAUGGUACACACUUCCACUGCCAACACUGAAGCACCAGCUGGCAGCUGCUGCGUGAAGGCUUAUCUGUGCAUGGACCGAGAGGAAGAGACAAAACAAUGUGGCUGUUGAGGCUUUUCCCUGAUGCAGAAUGAAACAACCACAAAUUAAAUAACAGAAACUGCCUUGUCAUUUGCACGAUCUGCCUGUUUAUUUUUCCAUAAUGUGAUUCCCAAUUAUCCUUCACUCAUUCAACAGUUAGAACUGAUUGCUCUUAUUUACUCGCUUCAGGAAAACGCCCACGGCCCACAGCUACUUUUGCUUUGUCUUUUUGUUUCGCUCGUCUUCACCACUGUCUCUGUUUGAAUUAGAAAAAAGUGUCCUGCCACAGUUGAAAAUGUGGUUAUGAUUGCUUUGCUUCUUUUUGGGGUUUGGUCCUGACUGUGUUAUACACACAAUCAGCCAGUCAACCAUCUUUCCUCUCAUCUGAAACGUACAGAGAAGGUGAAUUUUAACAGUUUGCUGGAUCUGGAUCGAACAGUGAAAACCUGUUAUCAGCUCAUCACCUGUUGUGACUUUCAUGUAAUGUUUUUUUUAAGGUGUAACUUGGUAAGAAGUGAUGCAUUUCCUAAAUAUUGUGUCUCUGCUGAGGAAUCCCGCUUCCUCUUUUAUGCUGUAAACUUGUUUAUAUUGCUGUAUAUUGCAUUUUAUAGUGUGGGUGUUUCACUAUAUGGAGACCCCAAGUGUUCAGUAAAAUAAAAUAAAAUAAGUAGAUAUGAAAUAAAUAAUAUAAAUAAAUACAGACAAAAUAUGAUAUAACCAUGAAAU